CCAAAAGGGACAAACGCAGGUGGUGGUGUAGCAUCAUGUCGUGUCGGGAGCGAAGAAGACCACAAACAAACAUGGCGACCCCCGGGCACAACUCGGUAGGCAUGAAGAUGCUUCAAUUUCUCAAACUAAUCGGACAGCUUAAGAGGGUUCCCCGGACAGGCUGGGUGUACAGGGAAGUGAAGGAGCCAGAGAGUGUGUCAGACCACAUGUACCGCAUGGCCCUCAUGUCGCUCACCAUCACUGACCCCACGGUGGACAAGGACAGGUGCAUGAAGCUGUCUCUAGUCCAUGACAUGGCCGAGUGCAUCGUGGGAGACAUCGCCCCGCUGGACAACGUCAGUAAAGCUGAGAAACACAAGCGAGAGGAGGCAGCCAUGAAGCAGCUGAUUAGUUUGACUCCAGGCAGCGUUGGACAGGAGUUGUAUGGCCUGUGGGAGGAGUACGAAAACCAGAGCAGCCCCGAGGCCAGGCUGGUGAAAGAGUUUGACCGCCUGGAGAUGAUCCUGCAGGCUCACGAGUACGAGGAGCUGGAGGGAAUGCCGGGAAGGUUGCAGGAGUUUUUCGACUCCACUGAAGGUUAUUUCCAGCACCCGGAUGUUCUCCAGCUUGUCAGCUCUUUGAAUGACGAAAGGAGAAGUCAUAUGACACGUUCAGCAAAGAACUCUUUACAUGCUUCGUGACCUAAAACUAAAAAGGUACUCAAAGCGCUUUGACACUACUUCCACAUUUACCCAUUCACACACUGAUUGAGGGAGCUGCCAUGCAAGGCGCUAACCAGCACCCAUCAGGAGCAAGAGUCUUGCUCAGGACACAACGGACGUGACGAGGUUGGUACUAGGUCGGGAUUGAACCAGGGACCCUUGGGUUGUGCACGGCCACUCUCCCAACUGCGCCAUUGUAUAAAUUGUACGCUAUUUUGUUGACAGAUCGGGUUACAACUAGUUGAGAAAGUAAUGCCACGCAGUUAAAACAAUCCUAUUGCUGUCUUUAAUAAACUUUUUUCAAAUUAUAA